AUGUGGUUCGGACAAGUGCCUGCUGUAACAAAGAUUUUCACCGGGGACUCACCGGGGGGAGACAAGCUCGGCAGAACUUGUCUCCUGCCCUCUUGCGACAUUCCCGCACCAUUGAGUCUGACACAGUGUCAUUGCCAUUUUGGGCGGAGACGAGCGGCCACCCUGGCGAAACAACUAGAAAGUUUCCGGCCGAGUGACGGCACGGACGAGGAGGGGGCGGAGGAGGAGGCCCCCAGCGAGCUCAACACUCGCAACUAUGGCGGGUUUCUGGAGGUUGGGAAAGACAAGCUGAGUGUGCGGUACACGGGGCAUGGACAGCACGGGCAUGACGUGGGGUCAAUACAGGCCAACCGGCCUGUGCCUCGAGAGAGGCUGCUGUACUACUUUGAGCUGACGGUGCGGGACCGGGGGGACAGGAACUGCAUUGCAAUUGGCUUCACAGACGAGAAUUUCAAGCACAGCCGCCAGCCAGGCUGGGAGGCUGGCAGCUAUGGCUACCAUGGAGAUGACGGCAAGGCCUAUCAUGCCUCAGGCAGAGGGGACGCUUAUGGGCCGACGUUCACAACAGGGGAUGUGGUUGGGGCGGGGGUCAACCAUGCCACCCAGGAGAUCUUCUUUACGAAGAACGGGAAGCAUCUGGGCGUCGCGUUUGCGGACGUGAGGGAGAUCCUGUAUCCCACAGUGGGACUCCAUAGCAAAAACGAAAGGGUGGAGGUCAACUUCGGAAAGCGGCCUUUCAAGUUUGAUCUUGAGGCUUUGGUCCAAGAGGAGAGGGAACGACGACAGCGUGCAGUAGAGCUCGUAGAGAUGCCGUCGAGUAUCAGCCACAGCAUCGUUCGCGGCUACCUGUUACAUUACGGCUACCAGGACACCUUGAACGCGUUUGACGGCUCCGAGGGGGUCCACUCGGCGCCCGGCAGCAGCCAGAACGGCAACGGGCACUUGGCCCAUAAAGACAUAGGCUGGUUCGCGCUAGACGAAAGAAAGCAGCUGCGGCAGCUCAUAGGGGAAGGGAAGAUCGACGGCGCAUUGCAGGCGCUCUCCAUGUGGUAUCCAAGUAUCUUGCAGGAUAGCCGGACAAACGUGGCCUUCCUCUUGAAUUGCCAAAAGUUUGUAGAGUAUAUAAAGCUAUCUCAGUUGGACGAGGCCGUCAAACACGCGCGCGGAGUCCUCUCCACUUUCCGGGGCUACAGCGCGUUGCAGGAUGCGCAUCUGGAGGACGUGCUCGCGCUGCUCGCGUACGAGGACCCCUCCUCGUCUCCGGUUGCGUACCUCCUUUCGCACAGCCAGCGGGAAGUUGUCGCCGACACCCUCAGCGCCUCCGUCUUAGCCCUCGCCUCCCCAACGAGCCGGCCACCCCAGUCCGCGCUCGAGCUGCUCUUACGGCAGCUCACGGCGUGCCACACCGAGCGGCGGCUAGUAGACGGCGGCCAGGGGGAGGUGUUCCGACUGACUCGGCUGCUGAACGGCGGGUGACGGAACCGCGCCUUUUAGUUACUCUUGUAAUAUUGUGUACAGAUUGGUGGAGUUUAGCGGUAGUUAGUGGAGGUCGGACAGGUGUAAGGAUAAGUUGGUUGAGGUCUGCAGCUUGGCGUGUGGCGGGUGCCAACGCCUGACAUUCAAACUGCAUCUCUAAGUCCAUCACAUGGCAUGUCUAGUCGUUCUCGUGCUCAGGGUUGGCUUUUCGCGAAUACUCAUGGUUGUAGAGGUGAUAAGUUGAACCCAUGAUGUUGAUGACAAGAGCAAACUUGAAACCCUCUCAAUCAAUCGCAUCGCCAGG